AUGUUAAGAAUCCAAAAUUUAUCCAUGCGCAUAGAAGAUGAAAUAAUUUGUUUUAACCAGCAUUUCGAAGUAAAAGGUGUCUGUUCUGUUGUAGGAAGGCAUAAUAAAUUAAGAGAAUGUCUUAUAUCUAUCUUUUCUAAUUCUGUAUCAAAAUAUAUACAUGGACUUGAUUUUGACAUGAAGGUAUUUUUUAAAGGAGUGAACAUAAAAAAAAAUAGAUUUAUUUUUCUAUUGUGUCCAUACACACUUCUAAAUGCAAAAGACAAUAUUGAAGAUAUUUUGUAUUUUGUAAAUAAAGAUUUGGCGGAACAAGUAAUCAAGGAUUUCAGAUUGCAUAAAUUUAGGUAUCUAAGUAUUAAUGAACUAAGUCCAUCUAUUUUUAAUAUUUUAGAAAUAGCUAUAGGCAUAUGUUCAUGUUCUAGUGUGUUAUACUUUUCUCUAAAUCCUGAUCCAUACAGAAACAAAUAUUUUUAUUUAAAGUUACUACAAAAAUAUGCUAUUUUAAAUGAAGCAGUCAUUUUUGUUGAGGGAGAGUUACUUAAUGUUGAUAAUUUUGACAGUUAUUUGCUAAUAAAAGAUAAUAGUAUAUUUUCUUUUAUUAUUGGAAAAGAUAAAAAGAUUAAUGCUGAAAAUUAUCUAAAAUUGAAUACUUUUAUAUAUAAAACAUAUAUUAGUAAAUUUAAUGUUAGAGGAGGUAAUAAAAUAAAUUAUGAUAUUUUUACUGAUAAUAAUUCAUUAUCAGUAAGUGAUACAUCUUCUCUUGUAAAUAAUAUUCAAUAUACAGAUGUUGAUAAUGUUACAAAAUUUAUUAUUUUUAAGCAUAAAAUUUGUAAAAAAAUCAUAAAAUAUUAUACAUUUCUUGUACCAGAUGUUUGUAAAGUUGUAAUUUUAAUUAACUCUAAAUUGCAUCGCAAACAAAAUUGGAAUAAAAUCAGAUUUUAUUAUGCCAAUAUUGGAAAUAUUACUUUGUUGAUUGUAAUUUAUAAACAUUGGUAUUCACUACAUAUGUUACUUCUUAUGGUAAUUUAUUGGAUUUUUUAUUAUUUUUUAACCAUAAAAGGUAUUUCAAUUACUGCUUUUAUUUUCAAGAGUAGAAAAAGAUUUCAUAAAAUUUGUUACAUUCUCGAUUUUUUUAUUAUAAUAAUGAUUUUUAAAUAUUUAAUAGAUACUGGAAAUAUUUCUGUUACAGAAAUUUAUAUAAAAGCUAAUAACGAAUAUUUUGUAAAAUUUAAUCCAUUUUUAUGCUAUGUUACUACAUCAAUAGCCUAUACGUUGAUUUUGUAUAGCUCUGUAUUUCAUAUAAAUGAAGAUUAUGCAUUUGUAAGGGAAUAUCUAUAUAAGUCAUAUAAUUCAAGUACUUAUUAUUUUUACUUAAUUUUAAUAAGUUUAUUUUCUUCGGCUUUGCCUCUUAUUAUAUUUUCUUUUGUAAUUAAUUUAAAGUAUAUUUGUGCUAUAUCUUUAAAUGCUAUAUUUAUUAUACCUUUAUUUAAUUUAUUUAGACAUACAAAAUCAAAAGUAAUAACAAUGUCUUACAUUGUUACAAGAAACUUUUUUUAUUCUUUAAAUUACAAAGACUCAGUGUACUAUAAAAUAUGUAAUUUUAUUGAUCCUUUUAUAAUUGUAAGAAGUGCCAUUUUUGAUGGAUUUAAAUACGAAAUUAUUCUUAGAUUGGUUUGUAUUUACAUUUGUAUAUUUUUAGUAUUCUGUACACUUUUGUAA